AUGGGCUAUUACAAUUUCCUCUACCAAUAUCCCUACUGUCUUCUUCUCCUUGUCUUCCUCACAUCCUCCUACUUCCUCCUGAAGCGCAAGAGUGCCAAACACCUCCGGAAUCUCCCGCCGGGCAGCCUCGGAUGGCCGGUCAUCGGAGAAACCCUCGGGUUCUUCUCCGAAGGCCCGAAGAAUUUCAUCCUAAAAAGACUCAAAAACCACUCAACUGAAGUCUUCAAAACCAACAUCCUCGGCGAAAACACCGUCGUCUUCUCCGGUCCGGAGGCCAACAAGUUCAUCACCACCAACGAGCAGAAGCUCGUCAGAGUUUGGUUCCCCCAUUCCCAACAACGCCUCUUCGGAGUCAUCAAAAGUAGUGCAAACAACAUUAAUCAGCAGCAGAAAACAUCUCCUGGGAUUGCCCGCUUGUAUGGAUUUCUCAAGCCGGAGCCGAAGUUCGUCGAAAAGUUCGAUUUCUUAAUGAAGCAACAGCUGAGCGAGUACUGCGGAAAAGAAGUGAAUGUCGGAGCUUAUCAGCUCGUGAAGAGCUAUGUUCUGACUCUGUCCUGCAACUACUUGCUCGGAAUAGAGCCGGAGAGGGCGGCGAAACUGGCGGGGAAGUUCGACGACGUCGUUAACGGGAUUCACUCCGUCCACUUGGACUUUCCGGGGACUGUUUUCCGCUGCGCAAAAAAGGCGGCGGCGGAGGUGAGGAGGGAGAUUGAGGGGAUUAUAAAGGAGAAGAGUGAUGAUCAGGUGGCGGCGACUGCGGCGGCGGAGGAUCUCUUGUCCAUAUUUAUCGCCGCCGACCGGAGCGGGAAGGUUAUGUUGCCGUCGACCGUGGCGAAUAUAGUUAUGGGGAUUAUGGCUGCGAGCUAUGGCUCGGUUGUCACUGCUAUUGCUUUUAUGGUUAAGUUCGUUGGACAAAGGCCUGAUGUCUACGAGAAGAUAUACUCCGAGCAAUCGGAAAUCUUAGCUCUGAAGGGAAGUGGCACACUUGAUUGGGAUCACAUAAACAGAAUGAAGUAUACGUGGGCCGUUGCAUGUGAGACCAUGAGAAUGGUAUCGCCUUUUUUGGGCACUUUUAGAGAGGCUCUAACCGACUUCAACUAUGCCGGUUUCACCAUACCAAAAGGAUGGAAGAUCUUCUGGGCGGUAAGCAUGACAAACAAGAAUCCAGAGUACUUUGCUGAGCCAGAAAAGUUUGAGCCCUCAAGGUUCUUGGGAAAUGAACAUUAUUUACCGCACACUUUCCUUCCCUUUGGGGGAGGACCCAGAAUGUGUGCAGGAAAGGAUUAUGCGAGGCUUGCAGUGUUAGUUUUCAUGCACAACCUUGUGACUAAGUUCAAGUGGGACGUUUUACUUCCCAACGAGAGAAUUUUAGGUGGUAUGGUUAUGCCAACCCCAAUCAAAGGACUUCCGGUUCGCCUCUAUCCUGUUUCCAUUGAGAAAUGA